AUGUCGUACGAUUACACCGGCUUCAAAAUCGAAGACAUCUUCAGUGUCAAGGGUAAGGUUGCUCUUGUGACUGGCGGAAGCAGUGGACUAGGCCUCAACAUGGCUCAUGCUCUUGUCCGCAAUGGCUGCAAGGUCUAUGUCUCCUCUCGCAAACAGAAGCAAUGCGAUGCCGCCGUGAAAGAAUUGUCUGCCCAUGGCGAGGCAAUUGCUAUCGCCUGUGAUGCGUCCAAGGUUGCCAACAUCGAGGCCCUUGUUGCAGAGCUGACGAAGCGUGAACCAAACGGUAUUCACAUCUGUAUCGCCAAUGCAGGAGCCACCUGGGGACAUGAGUUCGACACGAUGCCCGAGGAGGCUUACGACAAAGUCAUGAACCUCAAUGUGCGAUCCGUAUUUUACACCAUCCAAAAGAUGUUACCGCUGCUUGAGAAGGCAGGGACUGCGGCUGACCCAGCUCGUGUCAUUGCUACGGGUUCUGUCGCCGGUGUGCGUGUCUCGGGACCUACAGUCACGCCAUACUCGACAUCCAAAGCUGCCGUCCAUCACAUGAUGCGAAACUUGGCUUUGGCACUCGGACCAAGGCACAUCACCUGCAACAGUAUCGCUCCUGGCUACUUUCCCAGCAAGAUGACUGCUGGGACGCUUUCUGGGCGUGAAGAUGAAGUGUCGGCUGGAAACCCGCUUGGUCGACUGGGUUUGCCGCUGGACAUUGCGGCAGUUGCUCUUUGGCUCUGUGGACGUGGUGGUCAAUACGUCAAUGGUGUCACCAUUCCUCUUGACGGUGGCGAGAGCCUCGGGGCCGCCAGCAAGAUUUGA